AUGCAAUUAGGAUAUAAUGAAAUAAUGAUUGUCUCAAAGUAUUUUGAAGAUAUUAAUGAUUUUAUUAAUUUAGAAAUGGGAGUUAAAAGAUUUAGAGGAAAUAUGGAACGAUUUCAUUUUAAUCCAAUUCCAUUGAAUCAAUAUUCAAGAAAAUUGUUUCCUAAUAUUGAAACAUUUCAUAUUUAUAAUAAAGAAGAUGAAAUAUUUAAAGAUGGAAAAAUAUUUAAAUAUGUAAUAUGGUAUAAAGUGAGUUAUUCAAGAUAUUUAGAAGAGAAAGAAGAAAUGAAUGAAUAUAAAAAUAUCGAAUAUACACAAGAAGAUAGAAAUAUAUUUGGAAAUAUAAUACCAAUAGAAGUACAUUCAUUUGGAAAUGAAUGUUUUUGUAAAUGUACAUCAUUAAAAUCAAUUAAUAUACCAACAAGUAUUAGUAAAAUAGGAAAUAGUUGUUUUGAAGGAUGUUCAUCAUUAAAAUCAAUUGAAAUACCAACAAGUGUAAUUGAAAUAGGAAAUGAAUGUUUUAAAGAAUGCUCAUUACUAAAAUCAAUUGAAAUACCAACAAGUGUAAUUACAAUAGGAAAUUGGUGUUUUUAUAAAUGUUCAUCAUUAACGACAAUUAAUAUACCAACGAGUGUUAGUAAAAUAGGAUAUGGAUGUUUUGAAGAAUGUGAAUCAUUAACAUCAAUUAAUAUAGAAGAUGUAAAAUAUAUAAGUAAAGAAAGAAUAUUUAUGAAUGAACCAAUGUUAAUUAGUAUUAAAAUACCAGAGAAUUUAAAAAUGAUAAAUGGAAAGAAUAUUGAAAAGAAAGAUAUUAAUGAAUUUAUUAUUCCAUCAUCAAUCACUAAAAUAGGAGAUGGAUGUUUUUAUGAAUGUACAUCAUUAACAUCAAUUAAUAUACCAACAAGUAUUAGUGAAAUAGGAGAUGGAUGUUUUGUAUGUUGUCCAUCAUUAACAUCAAUUAAUAUUCCAACAAGUGUUAUUGAAAUAGGAUUUGGAUGUUUUUAUGAAUGUUUAUCAUUAACAUCAAUUAAUAUACCAUCAUCAAUUACAUCAUUUGGAUAUGUAUGUUUUAAAGAAUGUACAUCAUUAACAUCAAUUAAUAUUCCAACAAGUGUAAUUGAAAUAGGAGAUGAAUGUUUUUAUGAAUGUACAUCAUUAACAUCACUUACAAUAGAAGAUAUAAAAUAUAUAAGUGAAGAAAGAAUAUUUAUGAAUGAACCAAUGUUAAUUAGUAUUAAAAUACCAAAGAAUUUAAAAAUGAUAAAUGGAAAGAAUAUUGAAAAGAAAGAUAUUAAUGAAUUUAUUAUUCCAUCAUCAAUCAAUAAAAUAGGAUAUAAAUGUUUUUAUGAAUGUACAUCAUUAAAAUCAAUUAAUAUUCCAACAAAUGUUAGUAAAAUAGGAAAUAGAUGUUUUUAUGAAUGUUCAUCAUUAACAUCAAUUACUAUUCCAACAAGUGUUAUUGAAAUAGGAUUUGGAUGUUUUUAUAAAUGUUUAUCAUUAACAUCAAUUGAAAUACCAUCAAGUGUUAGUAAAAUAGGAAAUAAAUGUUUUAGUUGGUGUUCAUCAUUAACAUCAAUUAAUAUACCAUCAAGUGUAAGUAAAUUAGGAUAUGAAUGUUUUUAUGAAUGUUAUUCAUUAACAUCAAUUACUAUACCAACAAGUGUUAGUAAAAUAGGAAAUUGGUGUUUUAUUUAUUGUUCAUCAUUACAAACAAUUAAAAUACCAACAAGUGUUAGUAAAAUAGGAAAUUAUUGUUUUUGUGAAUGUUCAUCAUUAACCUCAAUCAAUAUACCAUCAUCAAUUACAUCAUUUGGAUAUGGAUGUUUUUAUCAUUGUGGAUGUGAAGAAGAAUUAAAGAAGAAUAAAAAAAUACCAAAAUAUUGCUUUGAAGAAUCUUUUGAAGAAUAUUAA